AUGGCUUUACAAGACGUUGUUACUCGUGAAUACACCAUCAACUUACACAAGAGAUUACACGGUGUUAGUUUCAAAAAGAGAGCUCCAAAAGCUGUCAAAGAAAUUAAAAAAUUCGCCACUUUACAUAUGGGUACUUCUGAUGUUAGAUUAGAUCCAAAAUUAAAUGUUCAAUUAUGGAAAAGAGGUGUUCAAGGUGUUGAAAAAAGAUUAAGAUUAAGAAUUUCUAGAAAGAGAAAUGAUGAAGAAGAUGCUAAGGAUAAAUUAUUUGCCUUUGUUGAACCAGUCUUUGUUCCAACCACUAAAGGUUUAAACACUGUUGUUGUUGAAGAUGAAGCUUAA